GACUGUGUGCUCACAGAUAAGAUGAGAGUUUCAAAGUCCAGCAAAAGUCGUCUGAGCCAGAAUGGAGCAGCAGAGGAUCCUGUGUGUGGGUCUCGUCUGUCUGGACAUCAUCAACGUGGUCGAUAAAUACCCCGAAGAAGACACCGACAGCAGGUGUGUUUCUCAGCGUUGGCAGCGAGGCGGGAACGCCUCUAACUCGUGCACGGUGCUCUCUCUGCUCGGUGCACCCUGCGCCUUCAUGGGCUCCCUCACUGCUGGACCUGUGGCAGAUUUUAUUUUGGAGGAUUUUGGAAAGUUCCAUAUCGACGUGUCGCUGGUUACUGAGCAUGCUCAGUGCGUCCUUCCAGCGUCUGUGGUCAUCAGCAACAUCAGCACAGGAAGCCGCACCAUCCUGCACAUGAACAGGAACCUUCCUGACGUCACAGAAAACGAUUUUUCCAAAGUUGAUCUUCGUCAGUUCAAGUGGAUCCACAUCGAGGGUCGUAACGCAGAGCAACAGGUGAAGAUGAUCCAGCAGGUGGAGCUCUAUAACAGCAGGUUGCCACAGCAACAGAGGAUCACCGUCUCCGUGGAGAUAGAGAAGACGAGGGAGGAGCUGUAUCAGCUGUUUGCUCAUGGUGACGUGGUCUUUGUCAGUAAAGACGUGGCUCGACACUUCGGCUUCCAGACGGCUCAAACUGCUCUGACGGGACUCUACAGCCGGGUCAAACAGGGGGCUGUCCUGAUCUGUGCCUGGGCAGAAAAAGGAGCCGACGCUUUGGGUCCUGAUGGUUUAUUGAUCCACUCAGACGCUUUUCCUCCUGAAACGCUGGUCGAUACUCUCGGAGCCGGAGACACGUUCAAUGCAGCCGUCAUCUCCAAACUGUCCAACGGAGGAAGUUUGCAGGACGCUCUCACCUUCGGCUGCAGAGUCGCCGGCAGGAAGUGUGGUUUCCAUGGUUACGACGGCAUCAGUGAAGAGUUCAGUGACGGCUGAGUGCAGCUAAACCAACGAAGAAGAAACCAGACGAUGUGUCAAUGAUGAAGUUUGAUAAAAACUGUGAAUGUUUAUUAACAUGUUUACUGAUCAUCAAUAGUUUGAUUAUAAGCUGAUUAAUGUUAAAUAUGAUUAUUAACUAACAAACUUAUCAUUAAAUGAUAAAGUGAUGAUUUA